GCGAAACUGCGUUAGUUUGCAAUAUUUGGCGGAAAGGUUACUUAAGUAGUUUAGCUGCUCCUAAAUUUCCCCCAAAAGAGAAGAUAGGAAAAGAAGCUGGUCUGUUUCAAUUCAACUUCUUCUUCAAUUUUCCUCCCGUAAUUGCCACUCGGCCGCAUUAAUGGUGACGUAGAUUUUGGACUGGAGCUCUUCUGUUCGAUUUCGAUCGCUAGUAUUUUUUAAUUGUAGUGUUUUCUGGAUAUGGCUGCUCCGUUCUUCUCAACGCCAUUUCAGCCUUAUGUUUACCAGAGUCCACAAGACGCAAUGAUACCUUUUCAGAUUUUGGGUGGUGAAGCCCAAGUAGUACAGAUAAUGCUGAAGCCACAAGAGAAAGUUAUUGCAAGGCCUGGCUCCAUGUGCUUCAUGUCUGGGUCUAUUGAGAUGGAAAAUGUUUUUCUCCCGGAAAAUGAAGUGGGUGUUUGGCAUUGGCUAUUUGGCAAGAGUGUCACUAGCAUCAUUCUUCGGAAUUCCGGUACAAGUGAUGGAUAUGUUGGAGUUGCUGCACCUUCUCUUGCUAGGAUUCUCCCGAUUGAUAUGGCAAUGUUUGGUGGAGAGCUUCUAUGCCAGCCAGAUGCAUUCCUUUGCUCUGUUAAUGAUGUUAAGGUUACUGACACAGCUUAUCACAGAGUACGCAAUGUUACCACAAGUGUGGAGGGGUUUCUUAGACAGAAGUUAUCAGGCCAAGGGCUCGCUUUCAUUCUUGGAGGUGGAUCUGUCGUACAGAAAAAUCUCGAGGUUGGUGAAGUACUAUCAGUGGAUAUCUCCUGCAUUCUGGCUAUGACCACCACCAUUGAUGUCCAAAUCAAAUACAAUGGUCCUGUGAGAAGAACAGUAUUUGGGGGUGACAACUUAGUGACAGCCACAUUAACAGGACCAGGCAUGGUCUUUAUCCAGAGUUUGCCAUUUCAACGACUUUCUCAGCGUAUUGCGAGGGCCGUUACAUCCCCAAAUAUGAGAGAAAAUCCAAAGUUCUUUGUUCAGCUUGCCUUUUUCUUUUUUCUGGCUUAUGUUGUGAUUCUAUCUUCAAUAAUCUUGACAGACGUAUGAUUUUAGAUCUUAAAUCUCCCAGGGUGUUUAGCUACCCCAAAAUUGGUACAAAGCUUUAGUUCUGAUUGGAAAGCCUUUUUUUUUCUUUUUUUUUUUCUAUUGAUUAUUGAAUUUUAUUUUAUAUAUUGAAGUCCUGCAGAUAUCUUCCCAACU